CGAAAGACGAAAGGAUCUUGUUCCGAGUGAGAGAGCAUGCAAUUGAAGAGACAAAACCUGUGAAGUCAGGUCAAGGCAGACAUUUCUUUGAUCGAGCAACGAUAGCAUUUGACAAACAUGAUGUCAUCAAUGAUGAACUGCAGGCUCCUUUCAACACUCCUUUUCCUCUUGGUUGCAUCUGUGCUGGUUGCUGCAGAAGAAUCUCACCUUCGCCACCAACAAGCAGUGCAAGAAGACCAUGACCAGGCAUGUGUGACUCUGUUGGAAUACAAGCAUCGUGAUUGUGGCGGGGAUCCCGUGUCGGUCCGCAACAACACGGUUUGGACGUCUCCUGGCAUGCCCUGCAAACACACGGAUCGUAUGGGAAGCAACUCUGUGACGGACGAAUACUGCGACAAACUAGAUACGGAUAGUCCCGAGUUUCAUCAAAAAGUAUUUGUCAAGGACCAACAGUGUCAUGUGGCAUGGUAUCAAAAAGCGUACAGUCCCAUGCAUUUGACGUACACGACACAUUCCUGUACAUACGGUUACAAAAUCCAAGGAUGCACCAAGGGACCCUGUGCCAAUCCUUCUCCUCCUCUGAUGCAAGGCAGUGAAGUGGCUGAUGAAAUCAACCAGGAAGAGUAGGAAAGCAAUUCUGUCAUGACUUAUUGCACCCAACAACAGCACUAUUAUAAUACCAGGAUUCUUCUGAGUGGGGUGAGAUAGUCUGUAGUAUCUUCAAGCUAGAAAUUGGUUUUCAGCUAUGUUUGCUAUUAGGCUGGAUCUCAUGCCACACGGAACUCAAGGUUUUUGCUUGCGGA